AUGGACGAACCGACUUACAACCCCGCUUGCCAGCUGGCAACAACCACCAUCGUUUACCAGUACAGACUGGUGAACUGCCCUGGGAAAACCAUUGUCGGCAUGCUCGUCGAAUAUCCUCCGAACGGCGCGACUCCUCCCCAUCGUCAUGGCGGCGCCUCUGUCUCCGCUUACGUCCUGCAUGGGUCUGUCUUGAUUAAAAUGAACGAUGAUCCGAUGAGGCUGAUCGAGCAGGGCGGUUCCUGGUACGAGGCUCCAGGGUGCCACCACCGGAUCAGUGCUAAUGCAAGUCCGACUGAGCCGGCCUCGUUUUUUGUGGCUUUUGUGGUUGACUCUGAUGCCUUGGAGAGGGAGGGACCGUCGGUGCUUGUUCAGUAUGAUGAAGAGUAUAAGGAUAUUGUUAGGAAGAAGAUGAUGCAGUAA